AUGGACGGAUCCACUCCUGCAACCUUGUUCCAGGAAACUACGAACCUCAAAUCAAUCAAGCAGGAUAUCAAAGUCUUUGUUAGUAUCGGUGGGUGGACGUUUUCGGACAAUGACACUUCAACGCAGCCGCUAUUUGGUCAGAUCGCAGCCGAUGCUACGAAGCGGCAAAGAUUCGCCGAUAAUGUUGUUUAUUUCAUGAAGCAGUACGGUAUGUGGCAGUGGAAGGAUCGCGGUGCCCUUCUGCUUCAUAGACCACAAGGCCUAACUACGACAAUAGGGUUCGGUGGUGUUGAUAUUGACUGGGAGUACCCUGCUGCUCCCGAUAGACGCGGCAACCCCGAGGAUACAGAAAAUUACGUCCUGCUUCUCAAAACCAUGCGAGAGACAUUUGACGCCAGCGGAAGUACUUAUGGCCUUACCUUCACGGCACCAUCCUCAUAUUGGUACCUGCGCUGGUUCGACCUACCGAACAUGAUCAAAUAUGCAGAUUGGAUUAAUCUUAUGAGCUACGACCUCCACGGGGCAUGGGAUGCUACUAAUCCAAUCGGAAGCAUCGUCCAGGCUCAUACAAACUUGACCGAAAUCAAAUUAGCAACUGACCUAUUCUGGCGCGUUAAUAUCCCGCCGUCCAAGCUCGUUAUGGGAUUCGGCUUUUACGGCCGGUCGUUCACUCUGUCUGACCCUGCUUGUACUGCUCCGGGCUGCCCCUUCAGUGGCGCGUCAAAACCGGGCCCUUGUUCGGACACUGGGGGGAUUCUUGCCUACUACGAGAUCAUGGCUGCACUCGAUGGGUCUACAAGCUCGUCUAAAAGAGCCACUAUCAGCCCUACGCAUGAUAAAGCAGCGGCAGUCAACUAUUUUACGUUUCAUCAAAACCAGUGGGUCUCUUACGACGAUGCAACAACUUUCAAGCAGAAAGUCGACUGGGCCGAUAGCGUUGGUCUCGGCGGUGGAAUGAUUUGGGCGUCAGACCUUGACACGGACAAGUACACAGCUCAUGGAGCCUUACUUGACAAGACAAUUCAGUCGAAUCCAUCUCUCCAAGCUGUAAACAAGGCGCUAUCUAAUCCAGUGGCUGUCGUGGAGGAUCUAGCAGGUUCGAAUGGUCAGAAAUGUUUUGUGUACAGCGGCAAGUGCGUUAAUCUUAACGACAAUAAGGCCAUGUCUAAUGCUUGUGGAUCGGGCUACACCGUCGUGGGCUGGGAUGAUGCCGGCUGCGGCAAGAGGAACUGUCAUUGUGGAAAGCCAGUGUGCUGUCCCACAAAUAGCGCUCCAAAGUCCUGUAUAUGGCGCGGCGACGACAACGGCGGGGGCGCCGGUGCCGACUGCAGUGCCCAGUGUAGGCCUGGUGAAAUCAAUAUCAAAGGAAUCCGAUCUUCGUGGGGCGGCGGGUUUGUGAACGAUGGUGGCACCGAUAAAUGUGGUAGAGGAUAUAAGGUGUUUUGUUGCUCAGAUCCUGAUUACGCAUCUGUGACUAAAGGAUGCUCUUAUGCAAAAUGUCGAGCCUCCUGCCCGUCUGGCAAAUCCGAGGCUUUCAAAAAUUAUGAUAAUUGCUGCCACUGGGAAAGCGGCAGCUCGGGUGCAGACUGCGCCAAUGCGAACUGCAAUGCGACAGAAGUUGAGGUCGACAGGGCAACGUACGGAGACCAGUCCAAAGGGUGUGACUGGGGUCGACAAAAAGCCAUGUGUUGUACUAUCAAGACCGCGCCGCCUAAGCCAGCCACCUGCAGCACUGAUCUGUGUAAGAAGUUUCCGGGUUACUGUUCUACUGGCGAUAAUGAUGAAGGUGCAAACGACUGGACAAAGCGGGACUUAACACUCCUUGGAAGAAGUGGGAAAGACCAGUCGCUCGAAAAACGCGGCAAUGCCGAGAUCUACUAUCCAAAGCAUAUUACCGGAGUCAGGGUCAUAGCUUGGGCAUAUCCGGCCCUCCGUGUGUUGUAUAACGAGUUUCCGGAACUCUACCAAAUCUUGCGACGGUGGUUCCGGCUCAUCCCAGGAUACUGUGUCGGUCCCUCUAUCAACUCGGGCACUUUUGCAAAUGAACACGAAGUUCCUCCCUCGGCCUUAUCAGACUUGGAAGCAGAGCAUCCGAUUGAUCGACAACUCGCAAUGUACUUCCUCGAUUCAACUGUUACCGGGGUCCUCCAGUCCGGGCAGAGAGCAUCACUGCCUAGAAUUGAUGCCCAGCUCCUCAGAGACGUCUGGUUAGCAGAUAACGAUGCACUGGCUAACGAACCCCCGGUUGGGGGCCCCCGUGGAAUCCGGCCAAAUACGCCGAACGAUCGCUUUAUGGAGGCAUUCGGGUCGGAAAACUACCCGUAUCCCUUCAUAGGAGUGGGUAGGGACAUCAACGGGGCCAAGGGCCGAAUUAUGAAAGGAAGUGUGCCUUGCACCUUGACUAGGGUCGACACGCUAGCGAGAAACGCCGUCAUGAGCGAUUCACAGGGCGAUGUUGAUAGCCUCCUACAGUCAAUUCGAGUAACCUUUGCUGUGUUCGAAUACCUCAACGAUGCGCAGGCGGCGGUUCGCUUUAAUGCUGUGCGGCAGCAGAUCUAUCUCCAGGCUACUUAUAUAGAACGCCGUAGUGGGAUACCUAAUUUCGCUGCUUGGUGGAAUGAGUGGCUGACCGACUAUCUUGCCACCACUGAGCAACGGAUACGCAACUGGGCUAGAGAUGCGAUCGAUCGCGCAGCAGCGCCUUUUGUGCAGGCGCAUAAUGAGCAUGUUGAUCUGUUUACUUAUGCGCAAGUGAUUGGAGCCUUGGAGCAGAUGUUGCAGGAAGUUGAAAAUAUCAGGUUUCCACCGGACACGUCAAUGCGAAACCCUUGA